AUGGUGGGUUUCACUUCAAUCCCUCAAUGGGUACUUCAAGUUCUUACAAGCGAGAAGUUUUUCAACUCAUGUUUGGUUCAUGAGUCCGAGAAGAAAAAUGAGGAAAAUACCUUUUGUUUGGAAUGCUGCAUUUGCUUAUGCCCUCACUGCUUGCCUCCUCACCGAACCCACCAUCUCUUACAGAUACGCAGGUAUGUUUACCAUGAUGUCAUACGGCUGAAAGAUGCUGAGAGGCUAAUGGAUUGUUCCUUUGUUCAAUGCAAAAGUAGUGUUUUUGAAGCAAAGGCCAAUGACCAGGCAAUUCAAAGGCUCAGGCUGCAUCAUAUGUGGGCGAAACCUCCAACACCCAUUCCUCUUCUGCUCCAUAGCUUGCAAGAUUCGGCCAUGACCCAAUGGGGCUUUUCAGACCAGCCCACGAGCCACGGUCUACUAAUUGAUAUCGUUGAUGUCGAGAUCUAUGAGAGGCGCUCUUGA